GGUCAAGAGGGACUUCAUUUGUCUGUACUGCAGUGAACUGUGCCAUCCUUUCAGCAGUUUGGAAGCUGUUCGAAAGCAUAUGGAAGCCAAGAGUCACUGCAAAGUGCAUUACGGUGAUGGUGGUGACGAAGAAGAUGCAGAGCUAGAAGAGUUCUAUGACUACAGCAGCAGUUACGCCAAUGAAGGCGAAAACCAGAUGGUUGUAGCUGGUGAAUCAGCUAAUACGGUAGAGCUAUUUGGUGGGUCUGAGCUUGUGAUCACCAAGAGAGGGGAGAACAAAGUAACGUCCAGGACUCUUGGGUCUCGAGAGUUCAUGCGUUACUACAAACAGAAGCCACCACCGUCUUCUCAGAAACGCAUUGUCAACUCUUUAGCCAUGAGGUACAAAGAGCAUGGGUUUGGCAACGGUGCAGUCGAAGGAGGAUAUAGUGAGGAUGAAGGUGAUGAGAGAGAUGAACAAAAGAGGAGCUAGGAUGCGUGUUAAGCUGGGAAUGAAGAGCAACGUCAUCAGAAAUCUGCCCAACAACGUUACGU